GCUGCGGUGCGUUAGCUGGGGGGUUUUUGCAGAUGUAUGAGUUCGUUACUUAUCAGUGAAUGUGGGCAGUUGUAACAUUGCAGAGACAGGGUCUCCAUCCUAAAAGGGAAUACACAGUAAAUAUAUGAUUGAACAAAACAAGGAACCAAAGUGCUCUUUUCCUGGCGAGACGGGGGACGCUUUCACCUCAGCGCAGCUAAAAUGGCACUGACGGCUGGCGUGAGUCGGUCACUCCGGGAAGUUCUGAAGAAUCGCAGCGCCGCCGGAUUGUGUUUCAGUGCCUCUUACAGGCGGCUGUCAACGGCGGAAGCUGCACCCAAACCAGCCGCAAAACACGUGCCACAGUCCCAGGAAAAUAGAAAACCAAAAACUGGUAUUCUUAUGCUUAACAUGGGUGGACCCGAGAAACUUGAUGACGUCCAUGAAUUUCUCUUCCGGCUUUUUAUGGACAGGGAUUUGAUGACGCUUCCAGUGCAAAACAAACUAGGGCCUUUUAUUGCUAAGCGGCGAACUCCUAAGAUUCAGGAGCAAUACAGCAAAAUUGGGGGUGGUUCCCCUAUUAAAAAAUGGACUACGCUGCAGGGUGAGGGGAUGGUGAGACUCCUGGAUGACAUGUGCCCUGAAACAGCUCCACACAAGUUCUACAUUGGGUUCCGGUAUGUUCAUCCACUGACGGAAAGCGCCAUUGAGCAGAUGGAGAGGGAUGGCAUAGAGAGGGCAGUGGCCUUUACUCAGUACCCACAGUACAGCUGCUCCACCACAGGCAGCAGCCUGAAUGCUAUCUAUCGCUACUACAGUAGCCGGGGAGAAAGUCCCAAAAUGCAGUGGAGUGUGAUUGACAGAUGGCCCACCCACCCACUGCUCAUUGAGUGCUUUACCCAACAUAUUCUUAGUGAACUGGAGAAGUUCCCACCAGAGAAGAGGGACGACGUUGUUAUUCUCUUCUCUGCUCAUUCUUUACCCAUGUCCGUAGUCAACCGUGGAGAUCCCUAUCCUCAGGAAGUGGGAGCGACAGUUCAGAGGGUGAUGGAGAGACUGCAGCACUGCAAUCCCUAUCGCCUGGUGUGGCAGUCCAAGGUAGGCCCUAUGCCGUGGCUUGGUCCACGGACGGAUGAGGUCAUCAAGGGCCUGUGUCAGCGGGGAAAGAAGAACAUCCUACUGGUGCCAAUUGCUUUCACUAGUGACCACAUUGAGACGCUCCAUGAAUUGGACAUUGAGUACUCCCAGGUUUUGGGGGAGGAGUGUGGUGUAGAAAAUAUCAGAAGGGCUGAGUCUCUAAAUGGAAACCCACUAUUCUUUAAGGCCCUGGCCGACCUGGUGCGCUCUCACCUGCAGUCCAACGAACCCUGUUCCCGGCAGCUGACCCUUUCCUGCCCGAUGUGCGUCAACCCCACGUGUGGACAGACGAAAGAAUUUUUUACCAGCCAGAAGCUCUGAACACUGUGUCCUGAUUGUAAUGUAGAGAAAAUGGAAGCCCUAGGAACAGCAUGCGAAGUAGCUACUGUAUAGAUCUCACUCACACUUCUGGUCACCACUUUUAUGCCAGUCACUGUAUGGAAACCACCUUCUACCAGAAAUGAAAAGCUGAUAUAAAUAAAUACUUUUCUUACAUGCUCUAAUGAAAAAGGAAGAAAUGGAAAUAAAAUCACAUUUUUGCCUUUUCUGGGACUGGACUUGCUACAUACUUGUAUGUACGGUUUGCAUUAUUUACCUAACUUUGCUUUUGAGGUUUUGGAGCUCUAUCACUUCAGAAGGUUGGAGAUGUCAUUGGGUAUUGCAGUUUAAAUGAUUAAUUAGUUUUAUCAAUGAGUAGUUAGUUUUAUGCAACUGCAACAGACUCAGAAGAACAUUUUUCUUUUGCAAAACAGAUACUGUUGUUAUGGAAGCCUUUACGUAAUUGUUGCCUUUCUCUUGAAUGCUUUGAAAACGUGUUUCUUAGUCAGUCUUUGGGGACCCUCAGACAGUCCAUAUUUAGCAAAAAUGUGGACUGUCCGACAGGGCGCUGGGAGGGAGCAAAAAUGUGGGCUGUCCAACAGGACGCUGGGAGGGAGCAAAAAUGCACACCAUCUGGGAUCCCCGAUGACCAGGUUAGGAAACACUGCUUUGGGAGAUUUCUUCCUAUCUGGAUUUACUCAUUAGCCUAUCAGGUGGUCCUGGCAGAUAUUGGUGCAAGCUGACUUCACAGUGCAAAAGUAACUACAGUUUUUUUUAUUGUUUUUUUAAACAGAUUUUGGCCUUAAGGUGUUUGAAUAGAGAACCACUGUAAAUAGUUUUUCUGCCCCUUUAUAAGACUAAUAAAAUAUUUCAAAAUUAA